AUGGGGAAGUGCACACCCGCCCUGGACCAAGUGCUGCCCACAGCCGCCUCAUCUCACGACAGGACCACGGCCAAGACCCUGGCAGGAGAGCCAGGACCGCCUCGCCACUGCCCGCUCCGCCCGGAGCCCGUGGCGCGCCCGGAGGAACGCAGCCGGGGACCGGGUCACGUCGGGAGGUGGGGGCGGGGCCGGAGCGCGCGCCGGAAGAGCUGCUCUGCGGUCUGUGGAUCUCAGCUGCUUGGCGUCCUGGCGCUUUCGGUGCCCGGCUACUCGCCGAGCUUCAAAAGGCCGCCCGACAUAGUGCGGCUCCGAUGGAAAAGGUCCCGGAGCCAUGAAGCCGCCGCCUCCCGGUCUCCGGAGCUGCGGGAGCCACGCCUUGCCGCCCUGGCGGCCGGGCUGCCCCUCCGGCCCUUUCCGGCCGCGGGCGGUAGAGUGGGCGGUCCGACCGCGGCCGAGGAACCCCUUCGCCCGCCUGGACAACUGGGUAGCCGCGGAGGCCCGGGAGGGGCUGCCCGGGGGCCAACAGGAGAUGCCGUGCUUGAUACUAAUCAAGAAGAUGAUUUGCCUUGGGAAGAGACGUUAUCUGAAAGAACAACGGUUACUGAACUACCCCAGAAUGAGAAGAGGGCUGUCUAUGAGGAAGUGGACACUUAUCAACAACAAAUAAGCCAGUGCAUUCAUUUUGGACCAACCUGUCUUCAAACUGUACAUUGUGCUGCAGUCUUCUAAAAGCAAUUCCACAAGAUUUUCUGGAAUGACUAACCAAGUUGACCUUCCCUGCUACUGAAAGAACAGUAAAUCUUGUGCAUGAAACCAAUAGUAAGCUCAACCUAGAAGCCUUUACAUACUCAAUUUGACUGUAAUUUCUUUUGUUCCAAAAUUUUUGUUAAUGACUUGAAUGACUUGUUUGAUUAAAUUUUUAAGUAAAAAUUGUGUAUGUUUAUGGUAUACGGUUUGAUGUUUUGAUAUAUGUAUACAUUGUGGAUUGGCUAAAUCAAGCUAGUUAACAUAUGUGUUACCUCACAGACUUUUUUGUGGCAAGAACACUUAAAAUCUACUCUUGGCAAUAUUGAAGUAUACAUUGUAUUGUUAUAUAGUUACUGUGGUACAUAGUAGAUUUAUCUUAUUCCUCUUACGUAAAAUUUUGAAUGAUUGACCAAAAUCUCCCAAACCUUCCCCACAUCCAUUCUCUGGUCUCUGCUUUCAAGUUUGACUUGUUUGGAUUCCACAUGCAAAUGAGAUCACACAGUAUUUCUUCCUUCUCUUCCUCACUUACAUCCCUUAACACAAUGUGCUCAAGGUUCAUCCAGUUGUUGCAAAUGACCUGAUCCCUUUGUUUUUAAGACUCAAGAGCACUCCACUGUAUAUAUAUACCACAUUUUCUUUAUGUUUUAAUCUGUUGAUAGAAAUUAGGCUGAUUCUCUGUCUUGGCUAUUGUGACUAGUGCUGUAAUGAACAUAGAAGUGAAGAAAUCUCUUCAAUAAACCAAUUCCAUUUCCUUUGUAUAUAUCCAGUGGAAUUACUGGAUCACAUGGUAGUUCUUUUUAAAUUUUUUUGAGGAAACUCCAUGUUGUAUUAGUUUACAAUCCUAUCAACAGUUUAUAAGGGUUUCAUGUUCUCCAUAUUCUUGCCAACACUUUCCUUUCACCUUUUUGAUAACAGGUGUGAGGUAAUAAUUGUAGUUUUAAUUUGCAUUUUCCUUAUUAGUGAUGCUAAAUAGUUUUUAAGUAUACCUGUUGGUCAUUUGUAUUUCCUCUUUUGAGGAGUGUCUAUUCAGACCAUUUGCACAUUUUUAUAUUGGAUUAUGCUUGAAAUGACAAUUUCAGGGAUAAAAAUUAUCUUUUAGCCUUGAAGAUUAAGGCACUAUGUAAGAAUUUUAGUGGAUUAUGCCCUUGACAUCUGACUUUAAUCUUUGCCUGAGAAUCUACUAUCUUUUUUUGUUACCUUUUAUGUGCUAUUUAUCAAAUGCCAGAUACCAUGUAGAACAGUCCACAUACACUGUUCUAUUUGCUCUUCACAAAACCCCUUUGCUGGAAUGACUUAGCAAUGAUGAGAACUUUCCAUCUUUUCCCUAAUUAUUAAGAAUACUUCAGACAGGUAGUGCUUUCAGUAUCAAAAACACACAGAUGACUAGGAGAGGGAUCAGACAUAAACCAAACAAAACAAAAACCACAUAUAUUUAAGUGAUAAAUGCUAUAUCAGGGACAUGGACAAACUACUCUAAAGUCUAUGGGGAAUUAUAAGCUAUAUGGGGCUUAAUUCUACCAGAUAUGCAUUCCAAAAGCACUAUACUUUCACUUUAGGAUUUGUAUACACUGUGACUUCUAUCUUUGAAUUCCCUAACCUCUUCCCAUCAAAGCUGUAGGACUGAAAAUAGGCAUUGACUGAAGGAGUAACACCAACAUACUAUUCAGAGUUCCAUGAAAUUAACUGAUUUAAAAUUUUUGAUGUUUAGAGAAUCAUAAAUUGCUGUACUCAGAUGUGUUUGGAAAGUGAGGAACACCAGGAAAUAUGUGCAAUUUAAACUUGAAAAUAAUUUAUGUUGAAUUUAACUUAUACAUGAAUUUUGUGUGAAAUGUAAAUAGCUGUAAACAAAUUAUGAAAAAAUAUAAAGAAAAAAAUAAUGAAAAUAUUCUACCCAUUUACACUUUUCCAGUAAAUUUCAAAAGGAUUAUAAUUCAUUUUUAGAAUGACUUUUCUUCACAUAUAUAAUCACAGUGCUUAGCAGAAGCACUUUCAGAAAGACUUCCUAUCAGUUUAGCGAUCUCUCUUACAUAUACCAUGCCUCUCUUAUAUUUGUAUAACAGCCUUUUUGGAAAUGCUUCUCCCACAAACCUAUAAGUUUCUUGAGGCCAGGCACUGUAUGCAGGGACUGUCACAUAGAAUAUUCUCAAGAAUAUUGAAUAAACUAGCCAGUGAAUAAUUAUUUAAAACUAUGGGGCACAAUGCUAAAUGUUCUAUAAAGAGUAAUGACCAAUUAGCAUAAUGCUAUAAAGUUACAUAUAUAUUAAAGAUAAAUCAAGUAAAAGCAUAUUUAUCAAUUACAAAACUUAAAAUUUUUACACUGUCUAGGUAGAACAGUGGCCUCCAAAAGUGUUCAUGUCCUAAUCACCCAAACCUGUGGAUAUUAGGUUAUAUCACAAAGGGAAAUUAAAAUUGCAGAUGGAAUUAAACUUGCUAAUCAGUUGAUCUUCAAACAGAAAGAUGUUCUGAUUAUCUGGGUGGGUUCAACUGGAUAGCAGAGUUCUUUUUAUGUGGAAGAAGGAGGCAGAAUAAAAAGAACCAGUGAGCUGGCAAUAUAAGAAUGACUGCCCGAUGUUGCUGGCUUUGAAGAUGGAAGAAGAUACUAAAGAGCCAAGGAAUGGGAGCAGCCUAGGAGCUGGAAAAGGCAAAGAAAUAGACUCUCCCCUAGAGUCUUCUGAAGUAGACUCAUCUUGCCUGAAUUUUAGUCUCAUGAGACCCAUUUUGUACUUUGAUGUGUAGAAUUACAAUAAAUUUGUUUCAAUC